CGCCUCGGCCGGGCGUGCCGAGCCCUGCCCCAGCUGGCGAGCCCGGCCGGGCUGCUCCCGGGGCGAGGCGCCAGAGCGGCCGGCGGAGCGCACGGGGAUGGAGGCGGCUGCCGCCCUGGCUGCCCUGGCCCUGGGGCUCCUGCUGCUGGCGCCGCCCGGCCCGGGGGCCAGCCUGGAGCGGGGGGCCGCCGAGAUGUUCCUGGAGAAGUAUGGCUACUUUGAUGAGCCAGCUCCUAGCGGACCCACGUCUGCGCAGUUCGCAGAAGCAGUGAGGGAGUUCCAGUGGGUGACCCACCUGCCUCUCAGCGGGGUCCUGGAUACUUCCACGGUCCGCCAGAUGAACCUGCCGCGGUGUGGUGUGAGUGAUGCGGAAAGCCACACUGCCUGGGCCGAGCGGGUACAUGCCCUGCUCUCCGGCAGACGGGCCAAGACGAGACGCGGGAAGCGCUACGCACAGCAGGGUGGAAAGUGGUACAAGCGACACCUGACCUACCGGAUUGUGAACUGGCCUUGGUAUCUGCCCCAGCACCAGGUGCGGCUGGCGGUGAAGGCAGCUUUCGACCUCUGGAGCAACGUCUCAUCCUUGGUAUUCUGGGAGGUGCUGGACGGCCCUGCUGACAUCCGCCUGGCUUUCUUCCACGGCGACCACAACGAUGGACUCAGCAACGCCUUCGAUGGGCCAGGGGGCGCCCUGGCGCACGCGUUCUUCCCCCGCCGUGGGGAGGCCCACUUCGACAGCGAUGAGCGAUGGUCCCUGCACAGCGGCAAGGGUCGCAACCUGUUUGUGGUGGUAGCGCACGAGAUCGGGCACACCCUGGGGCUGGAGCACUCGCCCGUCAGGAGCGCCCUGAUGUCUCCCUAUUAUAAGAAGCUGGGCAAGGACUUUGUGCUGAGCUGGGAUGACAUCCUUGCUGUCCAGAACUUGUACGGAAAGCCUUCGAGGGGCUCCGCUGUGCGGCUUCCUGGGAAGUUAUUUGCUCAUUUCCAGAACUGGAGCCCUGAUUUUCCAGGCGACAAUCAGCUGCAGGGGAGCCUCGGCUCUUAUUACUGCCAGUCCUUCUUCGAUGCUAUCACCAUCGAUGCAGAUCACAACCUUUACAUCUUCAAAGGCCACCACUACUGGGUUGUGGCGAAGGGAGGCAACACCACCGACCCGCAGCUGCUCCAGACCCAAUGGGCAGAGCUCCCAGCUGGCAUUGAUGCGGCUGCUGUGUCGGAGGCAGACGGCAAAUUCUACUUCUUCAAAGGCGGCCGAUGCUGGCGAUACAAAGGGUCCGCCCUGGAGGCGGGAUUCCCCCAGAAGUGCAGCACCAGCAACCUCCCUCGCCACCUCGACGCGGCCCUCUAUUUCCAGCAGCUCCGCCACCUGGUGCUCUUCAAGGGCCCCAAGUACUACGUGGUGAGCGAGGAGUCCCUGCAGGUGGAGCGCUACUACCCCAGGAGCCUGAGGGACUGGAACGGGGUCCCGGCCGGGGUGAAUGGCGCUCUGACGCAGCAGGAUGGCUUCGUCUACUUCUUCAGGGACGACCAAUACUGGAAGUUCGACCAGGCCAAGCUGCAGGUGGUGGCGACUGGGAAAUGGGCCGCCCAGCUGCCGUGGAUUGGCUGCUCGGGCGGGAAUUCCAGUCAGACUCUCUUCUGAUCUCCCACACGGCCCUGAACAUGGCAUCGAAAAGAUGGCGGCUGAUCCCCAUGGGGAGGGCUUUUAUUUAGAUACAUGUUUAGCUUCCCAGGUCGGUCCUUCACCCAGGUGCCUCUUGCCAAUGACCUACUUGAACUCCUGUCUCAGGAGCCAUCCCACUGACUGGCACAGGUGAGCAGGGAUAGUCGCUACCUUGAGAUGAACAGUGGGCAGAUCUCUCCGGCCUGCGUGUUCUUCAGUGGAUUAGCCCAUGGCCCCCCCUAAGCAGAAGCGCUAAAAUGGGCAUUUUACAGAGCUCUAGAGAAGACCAGACCAGCUUCUCAGUUCAAAGACAUCUCCACUUGCAAACAGGAGGAGACUGGCCCUUUAGCCUGGCAGGGUUGGAUAAUCCCAGAACUACCACCCUGACGUGCCAGGGUCCAGAUGGCUGAAACUUUAAACAUAUUUGGAAGGGGUUUUUUGGUCCAAAGAUGCCAACAUAUUUCCCGUAAGAUGAAAAGUUUUGGGGGGUGGAGACUCUAAAAACUAAAACCCUGUUGACUUUUUCCACAUACUUUUUAUGUUGUUUUUCACAAUAUUUUUAAUGGGAAUUUUUAUCAAACCUGCUAUUGCCAUUUUUCGUUUACCCCAAACUGGGGUUUCCACUGGACCAUUUACCGAAAAAAAGGGGGGAGCUGACAAAUGCAGAUUGAACGUUUUCAAUUAAAACAAACAAACCAAGGGAGAAUGGGCCCACGUUGAACCUGCGAAACGGAACGUAAUUUCCAAAUGACUGGCGAAUUUCCCCCCCGUUUUUCCAGUGGCUCUAAUCUUGCUGUGUUCAUUUGGUGACAGAUGAGAACAACUCUGAUCAUUCUCCAGGCCAAAUUCAGGGGUUAGCGUAGGCUACUGUAACUUGCUGAGAGAUCCAGAAGAAGUUGUAAAUUACAGCAGUUUAGACUGGCAUCCGUUUGCUUGGUGGAGGAGGUGGUCUGUGUAGCCAUGAAAGUAAACACAAAACACUGCACACGCCAAUUAAAACCCUUUGAAACAUCGUCGGCUUGUGCUUCUGAAUUAGCUGGGAGCAUCUGAAAAGAAGCAUAAUCUCCUAAGGGCAAUGGUGAAAGCUACGCUCCUGGAAACCGAAAUCUAGACUGGGCAAAUAGACGAAAUAGCGGGGGUGGGAGGGUGGGGGUGGUUUGGACUCAUGGGACAUAAUAACUCUGCUCCAUCUUUGGCUCCUGGCCGAUUCAGUGAUUGUGUAUUGAUUUCCCAGGUAAUGCCGUAGACUGGGCUGUGAUGUGGUGCUCAGUGGUGGGGCCACAUCACGCAGAUGGAUCAGCUAGGGAAUUUCUCUGCCUGGUCUCUGGGGAUUGUAUUUACGACAUUCUCUCCAUCUUCUUGGAGAUGUCUCUCUUCUGGAUGCCUCAGCAGGAGCUGGCCUGGGUAGCCCAGGAAAUCAAGAAACCAGAGUGGUAACCCUACGCUUGCAUCCUGCCCACGCUGCAGAAGUUGCCCAGCAGGGUUUGUUCCUGUGCUGGGAGAGGGGCCUGCAGAGACAUUGCCCUGUUUUCUUUCAAGAACACUUCAGACUCUCAACUCCUGAGCCCCCGGGAAAGUGAGUGAAUGUCUCGGAAGUAGAAGGGGACACAUGUUUUGCUGGAGUCCGCCAUCAAAAGCGUUUGAAAUCUUGUCUAAAGCUGCCUCCUCACCAGCAGCUGUCCCGGCUCGCACCCUCUUUGGAGGUCUCCUGGCUUCCAGCUCCCUUUACAUCCUGCUUCUCCAGCUUUCUCUCGCAGUGUGUGUGGCUCUCCAGUUUUGCUGAUUUAAGCAGCUCUUAAAGCAGCCUGGCCUCCUGGUUUGGUCCAGCAGAGGGCACUCCUGGGCAGGAAUUAAAGGAUUUGAUAACAAUGUAGGGUAAGGCCUUUCCCAUAUAAAAACCAAAUCCCAGUUCCUUGGCCCUUUCUCCAAAGCCUCUCAAACCGGCGUCUUCCACUGCUUGCCCAGAAGACCAUCGAAUUGGGCUGGGUUGACUCUGGUAGGAGAGCAAUUUCCAGAGUCCUCCAGCCUUCUCGGAGAAUGCUGUACCAGUCACCCCUUCACAUUUAUCAUGCCAGCUUGAGCCCUCUGCUGAAGCAUGGGGAACAAGGUGAUACCUCAGGUAUCUCUGUUGUGAACCUUGCUAACUGAUAGUGACUGUACUCCCUCAAUCAGAGGGACUAUUGCAAUGAAUGGGAUCUGGGUAUCCCAUCGCUUAGGCAGCUCCGGGCAUCUCACCCUUAGCUCACAAUAUUGCCAGGUCUCACACCGGCUGAUGUUUUUUCUUAAAGCCCCCUGCUCCUGGAGGCAUGUGAUAUUUGUGAGAAAUUCAGCUUUCAUGUAAAAACAAGUGCAAGUUUCUAGCCUUUCUUGCUGCAGAGAAAAGCUUGAGAAUGUGACCGCAGUGAACUCUAAAAAGCUCAAAAUACAAAUAAAAGGAAUCUCUUGAUUUUUAA